AUGGCUGACGCGGCUGUGUCGAAGGCGAAAUCAAUCACCCUCCGUAGCUGCGAAGGUGAGGUGUUUGAGGUGGCGGAGAUUGUGGCGAUGGAGUCACAAACCAUUAGGCACAUGAUUGAGGAUAAGUGCACUGACAACGGCAUCCCGCUCCCAAACGUCUCCGCCAAUAUCCUGUGCAAGGUAAUCGAGUACUGCAACAAGCAUGUUGAGGCGCGUAGAGGCGUGGCCGCCGACGGGCGGGCCUCCGGUACUGCCGUGGAGGCAGACACCGGGUUGAGCAAGGCCAUCAAGGAAGAGCUCAAGACGUUUGAUGCCGAGUUCGUCAAGGUCGACCAGACCACACUCUUCGAUCUCAUCCUGGCUGCCAACUACCUCAACAUCAAGGGGCUGCUGGAUCUGAUAUGCCAAGCAGUGUCUGACAUGAUCAAGGGGAAGACACCAGAGCAGAUCCGCGAGACAUUCAACAUCGAGAACGACUUCACCCCCGAGGAAGAGGAGGAGAUCAGGAGGGAGAACCAGUGGGUCUUCGAGUGAAGCACCCCUAGAAGCAAGAACAGUCUCAUGCGAAUAACCAGCAGGAAACGAAAGCAUCUUGAAGUUAUGAAAUGUCUCUACCUGAACUGUUUGAAGUUGUAACAGGUAGACUAUGAGUUUGCUCCAUUCUCUUUUGUGCACUCUGGAAUGAUAGGAGAUUUGCUGGUUAUUCUGCUUUAAAGUUUUGCCAUAUUCUGGUGUUGUUGCCUUCAGUGCUCAUUCUGAAUUAGGCGACACCCCGGUUCAGUUCAGCUU